AUGGACUUGGAAACUUCACAAUGCCAGAAGUCUUACGAACGUGCCAGCGAUUGUCGAUGUGUUGUGGACACGCUCGAUCUGGCCGUUGAUCGUAGGAUCACGGCAGUCGGGUGUCCGUUGUGGCGCAGUCGAGGAGUUAGUUUCCGGUCGUCACCCGAAUUGAGGUUUGACUCACCCAUAUACCGGGACGUAGUGGUGCAAGUUGCCGCAUCGACAGUGAAAAAAUUUCCAGAUUUUCGUGUGACUGCAGAGAUGGACGCCCACUUGGGAACUUCACAAUGUCAGCAGUCUUACGAAUGUGCCAGCGAUUGUCGAUGUGUUGUGGACACGCUCGAUCUGGCCGUUGAUCGUAGGAUCACGGCCGUCGGGUGUCCGUUGAGGCGCAGUCGAGGAGUUAGUUUCCGGUCGUCACCCGAAUUGAGGUUUGACUCCUCACCCAUGUACCGGGACGUAGUGGUGCAAGUUGCGGCAUCGACGGUGACAGAUUUUAACGUCACUGCAGAGAUGAACGCCUCCGAUCUGAAAUCAAUGCGACCUCCGCAUGUUCGAUCAUCGAUCGCCGCGCUGGACUUAGCCGGUGAUCGUAGAAUCUCUUUGGCUGUCAGGCCACCGAUGCGUCGUGACAAUUUCCGGUCAUGUCCAGAGCUAAGAAGUCAGUUACCCGUGUACGGCGGCGGAGUGAAUACCGUCCCACCGGCACCAGUGGAAAUUCUGCAGAAACCAGAGUGGUCUGAAUGCCGUAAAUCUCAAUACGCCAGUGAGGGUAGAUGUGUUGUGGACGUUGAUCGUAGGAUCACGGCCAUCGGGUUUCCGUUGAAGCGCAGAUAUGGAGAUAGUUUCCGGUCGUCACCCGAGUUAAGGAUCGACUCACCCGUGUACCGGGGCGUAGUGGUGCAAGUUAACGCAUCGACUGUGAAAGAAUUUCCAGAUUUUCGUGGGACUGCAGUUCGAUCAUUGAUAGCCGAGCUGGACUUAGCCGGCGAUCGUAGACUCUCUUUGGCUGUCGGGCCACCGUUGCGUCGUGACAAUUUCCGAUCGUGCCCGGAACUGAUAAUUCAGUUACCCGUAUACAACGGCGGAGUGAAUACCGUCCCGCCGGCACCUGCAGCGGAAAUCCUACAGCAACCGGCACAGUCUGAACGCCGCAAAUCCGCUUGGAAAAGAUCCAGACGGUUCAUUUGGAAGGGUCUGGUAAACGCGGCUCGCAGAAUUUGUUUCUGUCGGAGCUUUGUGGAUAUGGAAUAA